CACGUCCCGUUUAUCCCUGUAAAGCCACCGUAGCGUUCCAAUAGAACUCCGUCUCCAUGGUUUUCCAAAGCAGUCCUCACUUGGCGGGAGACAGAGCGACCCUAACACGUGCGUUAACGCUUUAAUUCCAUCUUGGCAGUGCCUGUGAUCUCUGCUGAUGGUAGACGCUUUGUUUUGUUCCAGUAUCAGGAGUCGUAGGAUGAGCUGGUAAAUAACGGGAUAGGACAGGACGGAAAGCUCCAUUUUUGUUUCGGUUAGUUUUGUCUACCACGCCUCCCAAACAUCGCGCAGUUUUGUCGAGCACGUGUCCCGCCUCCUUGCAAUCCUACGUCUAGCCAGCUGAGUUGCUUUAGUUCUUGGGGCUACUCUCGUAAAAGAUGGACGGUGGCGACUCGUUUGUAGCGUUCAGGCAGGAGUACGUCUCCCUGAAGGCGUCAGUCCAGGCGGUCCUCGGCGAGUUAACCGACUUUGUGGAUAGGUACGUGGCGGGCUUUCAGCUCGAAAUCAAUACAAAGUCGAAAGAAAUCGAAUGUCUCAAGCUGCAGCUGCGGAUCUCCGAGUGCGAAUUGAAAGGGCUAAAGGAAUAUCAGAAAACGGUGGAGAAGAGCGCGAAGCCCGGAGAGCUUAGAGGCGAAGAGGCGAUGCCGACCUCCAGCAACAGCGAUCCGGGGUUACCAACGCAGCCCGAAUUCGGAGCCAAUGAGAAGUUAGAAGAAGCGCUGCGGGAGCCCUUCCACAGUGAAAAGCUCUUCCUAGAAGUCCACGUUAUUCCAAACGGAUGGGAACCAGGAGAUACACAUGAUGGUUUACCCCCAAAUCCAGAAACCUUUCAUACAGAGAUGCCUGAUGAUACUUGGAGCCUGACACUUGAAGAUGAUCGAGAUCUGCACAUCUGUGAUGAAGCAGGAGAAACAGCAAACCAAUUUGAGGAUCAAGAAAACAAAGUGGGCUCUGAUCUUCCCCUGCCAGAGAAUAGCACAAGUCAGUGUGCAGAGGCAGCCCAUCAGGCUAAGGUUGAUGAUGAAUACACCAGUCCUCUUACAGCUAAACCUGCAAGCAGUCUAGUUGAGAACAAUCAGCCAAACCCUCUGGCUGAAUCUGUUAGCAAACCCAUGCAGGGACCUCAGAAAAGGAAACAAUCAAAGGUGAGCAUUAAAAGAGAUAGAUCUCAAAAGAAAAAAGGAGACAGUCCCACUAAAUGUAGAACAAAGGAUUCUGAUAGUACAACUCCUAAAAAAGUAAAGAAGGAAUCCACAGACACUGAUUAUGGGAAGCCUUUCAAAAACCUAAGGGCCCUUCACAAACACCAGAAAGUGCAUUCUGGCCAGCACAUGUACAGCUGCAAUAAAUGUCAUAGCAGUUUCAACCAAAAACUUGAGCUGAAAAAGCACCAAGCCACUCAUGCAAAUAAGCCACUUACUUGUGAAGAGUGUGCAGAGACCUUUGAUUCAUCAGUUACCCUGAAUGCGCAUAAGAAAGUCCAUAAUGUGAAGAUGCCAGGUCCAUGUCAGCAGUGUGGCGUGUUCUUCAAGAGUGCCGCAAUGCUCCGUAAACACCUGAGAACCCACUGUAAGGCACGACCUCAUGGCUGUCAGCAGUGCAUGAAACGCUUCCCUUAUGCGUCAGAUCUCAAAAGGCAUAUGCUGAUUCAUUCCAGAAAGAAGCCCUUCUCAUGUCCUCAUUGCGACCUCCCUUUUACUAGAUUGUCACAUUUUCAGCGUCACAAGAAAGUAAAUGCAAGUGGGAAGUCCUGCGUUUGCAGCAAGUGCGGAAAGAGCUUUAGUCAAAGGUGCCUUCUUCUGAAGCACCAGCAGACCCACCUGGACACAACACCUUGCAAGUGUUCUCAGUGCAGGGAGCAGUUCUCAUCUGCAGGAGCCCUGGAAAAACACCUGAAAACCCACCUGAAGCAGAAGGAACACCGAUGCUUGGACUGUGGCCAAACUUUCACACGAUCAGAACUACUCCGGAAACACCUGAAGACUCAUAAAGAGAAGCAGCGGCAUGCCUGCCCCCAGUGCGACAAACAUUUCAGCAGCAAGGCAGACCUGAAAAAUCACCAGAAGCUCCAUGAGCAAGAGCAGCUGCACCGUUGUGGCGAGUGCGGCAGGUCAUUUAGUAGGCUGAGCAGUUUUAAAAAGCAUUUCAAGAUAGUAAGUGGGGAGAAGCCACAGAGGUGUUCUGGGACUGAGCCAUUCUGGGUGUUGGUAGAUGCAUAAGUCAAAAAAAACAGAAGGAAUCAGUUCUGUAGGGGGAUUGAUAUUUCUAAAUAGUUUGUUGAGCUUUAAUGUUCUUUUAGCUAUACUACCCUAUUGAAUUUGUUGAAGCUAUUUAGGCACACAUAUUAAUUUGAAAUAGAAGAUGAUAUUGGUUUGCCUACAUGUGGAUACCCCCCACUGGCUGGUUAAGGUUUCAUGGGGUGCUAGCUAAUCCACAUCAUCAUGAAGUGAAACAAGUAGCACAAUUUACUGGGAGGCUAUAAUGUCUGGUGGCGUGUUUGCUGGUUUUUGAAUGAAAAUUCGCAAGUUCUCAUCCUAAAAGCUUGUGGGUUAGAAUUAUGCAAUUCCCUCCCACAAGGACUGGACACUUAGAUAUCCACUGGAGAGGUAGGAUGGUGAUUUCCAUACACGGCAGCUGCAUUUUUGGAUUAAAUUUUAACAGUCCUCAUACAAUUCUAAUAUGACUUAUAAAGAGCUUGAUACUUGUAACUUCCAGUUUUUGAUUCAUUCCUUCAUAUGCAAGUUGGACAGAAGAGCUUGUUAGGAAUUGUGCUGUUUUUGGGCAGCUGCAGUUUCUUUUUACUCAAUCGUGUUCACAGCUUCUGAGGCACAUGAUAUGUAAACUUAAGCAAGCAGAAAAAAGUUAAAUACGAACUAUUUGAAGGCAAAGCCUGUCAAUAAAUCGUUCAGCCUGUAAAAGUUAUGACUGCUCCGCAUAAGGAGAGCUAAUAUUUGAAUUCUUUUAGGUGAGAUUAAAAAUUUGAAGCUUGUAAGUACAGAGGAAAGUGUGAUUUGGGACUUGGAUAUUAUGUGUCAAAAAUAUAGCAGCCUUCACUUAGUGGCACACUCUCCCACAAGUUAUACAGUUGUCCGUUUCUGAGCUGGUGACCCCGUCCUCUGCGUCUUCUGUUUCUGUCAAUCUGUAUUACCUUGAAACAAGGUCCCCCUACCCUGCGUAGCAAAAUGUGCUCCUUCCUGAGCAGGUCUCAGCAUCUUUAGAAUUGAUCUGUUGUUCAUGUUUAGUAGACAGUUUCUCAUGAAUGGUGGUCUCUCUUCUACUGGCACACUUGAAAUCUGUUGCCAAGGUUACAAGAAACAAAGACAUUUCCAGGUGCAAGUUCAGUUAUCCACUUAUGAGCAGAUGUAUCAAAUGCGUGUUUGUAUCAUCAAUGUUUAGAUUGGCCUUGUGUAUUUGUUCACAUUUUAAUCUUAUUAAAGUUUCGAACUAAAGUGGCAGACCGGAAGAACGGGUAGAUCGUAAAGCCGCCAGAUUUAGCUCCCACAGAGAUUUUCUUUUUUAUUACGUCCUUGAAUUGGAACAGCCCACAAGCAAUGAGACUGGUAAGUUAAUAUUCUUGAAACAUUGUUAUUUAUAAUUCUGUCCUGCCACAAGAGCAGUCUUUGUUGUAAGAGCAGAGCAUUGAACCAUCCCUUUUCUUUCUCUUGAGUGAAAAUGUGUAUUAUGAAUGUUUUUCCUUGGAAUUCUUGCUUCCAUAAAAACAAACUGUGAACUACUAGCUGCACUGUUAAACUGUGCAUAAAAUGAGUGUAUGUUGAGAACACGGCAAGUUUGCGCUUUCUAAACUUUCUUUCUGUCACGUUUCAGUCCAACAAAAACAUUAUCCAAAGAAAUCACAGACAUUCCAUUUUAAUGUUCCCUUGUUCUGGAUUUAACACUAAGAUGUGAGCUGAAUUAUUAACAAAGUGUUGGAAAGAACGGUCAUUGUGUUGGAAUUUGUGUGGGUUGUUUCUGGUUUUUUUUUUUUUAAAUGCUUUGUAGGUUUUGUAAUUUCAUAUAUUUUAUAAUGUAACAUUAUAAU